CUCUUCGUUUGGUCGCCAGGCGAGUAACAAUCAUGGUUGCGUAGAAUAACGUGAGAUUAACGAACGAUCGAUCCGACUAGAUUUGUUUCUCGUUGACCGAUCACAGAGUCCGUUGUUGAUACACAACUAGCAAAAAUGACUGCGAUACCGGGAACGAUGGCGUUUGACGAAUACGGCCGGCCUUUCAUUAUCAUCCGCAACCAGGAGAAGCAGCAACGCCUCACCGGUCACGAUGCGAUUAAGUCGCAUAUUUUGGCAGCUCGUAACGUGGCUAAUAUCCUUAGAACAUCUCUGGGCCCUAAGGGCCUGGAUAAAUUGAUGGUCAGUUCCGAUGGAGAUGUUACUGUAACCAAUGAUGGUGCUACAAUCCUGAAGAAUAUGGAUGUGGAUCAUGAGAUUGCCAAGUUGAUGGUACAACUGUCGCAAUCUCAAGACGAUGAGAUCGGCGAUGGCACUACCGGAGUAGUGGUUUUAGCUGGCGCACUUUUGGAGCAGGCUGAACAACUAUUGGAUAAGGGAGUCCAUCCAAUUAGGAUAGCGGAUGGCUUUGAAUUGGCUGCCAAGUGUGCUACCGAUCAUCUCAAGACAAUUGUAGAUAAUUUCAAAGGAACACCGGAUAAUCUGGAGCCUUAUAUCGACAUCGCUAUGACAUCACUCGGCUCAAAAAUCAUUAACAAGUAUCACAGGCAAAUGGCAGAAAUUGCAGUGCAAGCUGUACUAGCAGUUAUGGAUCCUGUCAAGCGCGAUGUUAAUUUCGAGCUGAUCAAAAUAGAGGGAAAAGUUGGCGGUAGGUUGGAAGAUACCGUGUUGGUGCGCGGUGUUGUCAUCGACAAGGAUUUCAGUCAUCCUCAGAUGCCAAAGAGGCUGGAAGAUGUGAAAUUGGCCAUCCUAACUUGUCCGUUUGAACCGCCGAAACCUAAGACGAAGCACAAGUUGGAUGUUACUUCGGUCGAUGAUUAUCGAGCGUUGCGCGAUUAUGAGCGCGAGAAGUUUACGGAAAUGGUGAAGCAGGUGAAAGAGGCAGGUGCGACGUUGGCUAUUUGUCAAUGGGGAUUCGACGACGAAGCCAAUCAUCUUCUGCUGCAGAACAAUUUGCCAGCCGUAAGAUGGGUUGGCGGCCCGGAGAUCGAACUAAUCGCCAUUGCGACCGGUGGUCGCAUUGUGCCGCGCUUCGAGGAGCUGACGCCGGAAAAGCUUGGUCAUGCUGGUGUUGUUAGGGAAUUAACGUUCGGUACGACGAAGGAUCGAAUGUUGGUGAUCGAAGAAUGCAAAAAUUCACGUGCCGUCACAAUCUUUAUUCGCGGUGGCAACAAAAUGAUCAUCGAAGAGGCGAAACGAUCGAUACAUGACGCAUUGUGCACCGUGCGCAAUGUUGUCAAGGACAAUAGAAUCCUAUACGGCGGAGGUGCGGCUGAAAUAUCUUGCGCGGUGGCGUGCGCGGCACAGGCUGACAAAAUCAGCACUCUCGAGCAGUACGCCUUUCGUGCUUUUGCAGAAGCUUUGGAGAGUGUUCCUAUGGCGCUUGCGGAGAACGCUGGUCUCUCGCCGGUAGAUACCAUUGCGGAAAUCAAGGCGCGUCAAUUGUACGAGAGAAAUCCCUCUCUCGGUAUUGAUUGCUUAAAUCGAGGCACAGCGAAUAUGAAGAGGCAGAAUGUCAUUGAAACACUGACCAGCAAGACUCAACAAAUUUUGUUAGCCACGCAGCUGGUUAAAAUGAUCCUGAAAAUUGACGAUAUACGUUCGCCCAGUGAUGCCGGCGACAUGUCCUAACGAGCUAAACGAGCUAUGUAAUUCCUAUUACGUACAUGUUUCAUUGUACGAAAUAUUUCGUUUUAAGUUAUAUCGCAUAUUCUUUCUACGUACUGCAUUUCUAACACCUUGUAUUUUAAUUUAAUGGUAAAAUUUGAAUUUAGUUGAAUCGCAUUGUUUCACUUGAUUUGCUAUAAUCUAACUUUGUAACUCAUAAAACGGAUAUACAUUUUGUGAUACCUAAAAUAUUAUCUUUGAUCUUUGCGUCAAAGUACAUCUGACACCUACCUCUUUUGUUUCUUUCAUAUCUUUCGCGCGCAUUUCCACACAGGAAAUCCAUUGUAAUAUUCUGUUUUAACUACGGUUGUUAUUAAAUAUCGGGUAAACGUAAUAUCACAAUGCACAUAAUAGGUUGGAAAUCUAUUGCCUGUGUCAUUCUCUGUUACUUAAGGAUGGGCAAAGUCAUCGAUGUUUAAAAUACCGAUAUUCGCUCAUUGGGGAUGUUAUUACAUCUAGAGAAACUGUUAAAGACUCUAUAAAUUCUCUAUCCGACAAACUCGUAUCCUCAAUGAGCGAACCUUGAUGUUUUUCAAACAUCGAUGAUUUGGCUCAUCCCUACUAUUGCCUGUUGUUUUUCAUUGUGCGUAAGCCUUAACUCUUACUUGAAGAACUCAAAUAGGCACCGUCUUUUCGAUACGCUCCCUGAGAAAAUACACCGGUAUUAAAUGCUUUCGCGAAAGGGGGGAAGCAUUGUUGCUUCGCUCUGGCACUAUUCUGCGCCAAAUCUGCGCUAAAUGACCGGUUGAUUGGUCGGCUGGCCAGUAAAAUAAAGACCUUUGCAUAUAAAAAUGCCGUAAUCGUAAGGCCAUAAUAAAAUUUGAUGUCCAUUCUUAGCAGCACUGUCAUCACGUGGGACAUAGAACCCACUUUCUACUGAUUUCUUAUUGGCCAACGAAACUGCUCCCCUAUUGGUUGACUGUAUGGCGUUAAUCGUAAAAUUCCAAUCUUUUGCGACUACGAUUAAAAAUAGGAUAAAAAGUAUCAUUAUUUCGAUUUUAUUCUCACUGUAGGAACAAAUAAAUAUGUCACAUCGAGUCAA